AUGUCGGAUUCAACUAAAUUCCCAGACGACAUCGUACCAAACGAACAAGUCGAGAAUGAACGCGGCCGCAGUAACUUCCUCCAUGGCCUCGAAGGUCUCACCCUCUACGAGAAGAAAUGCGUCCUCAUCAACCGCGAGAUCGAUCGUCAGGGUAUGGGCAAGUACCAAUGGUACAUCUGGUCCCUGUGCGGUUUCGGAUACCUCUUGGAUCUCCUCUGGGCACAAGCCUUCGGUCUUGUGUUAGGUCCUCUGCAGCAAGAGAUGGGAUUCGGGGAUAAUGAGUCCGGAAAUAUCUCUACCAGUUUUAACGCUGGACUCACAGCUGGUGCUUUUGUUUGGGGAUUUCUGGCGGAUAUCAUUGGUCGCCGAUGGGCAUUUAACUUGACGUGUCUGUUCUCUUCCAUUUUUGGACUCUGUCUCGGCGCGUCCAAUAACUACAACACAUUUUUGGUACUGACUGCAUUUGUCGGGUUUGGCGUUGGUGGAAAUAUUCCCAUUGACACCACAAUUACUCUUGAGUUUAUUCCCCAGAACAAACGAUUCCUUCUAGCUUGUCUCUCCGUCUUUCAACCCAUCGGAGUUGUCAUCUGCAGUGCCAUCGCCUUUGGCUUCAUCCCCGUCUACGCCUGCUCGCCUAACUUCUCCGAACCAGACCCUCUCAUAUCAUGCAACAAUGCAUCAGCCGGCCAGAGCUGUUGUUCUAAGGGUGAUAACAUGGGCUGGAGAUACCUUUUGUUCACGAUUGGUGGAAUCACUCUCUUCAUCUUUAUCCUUCGCUUCUUUAUCUUUAACUUCCGCGAGACACCAAAGUAUCUCAUCUACCGUGGUCGCGACGAAGAAGCUAUCAACACCCUGCAGCACAUGGCUGAGAUUAACAAGAAGGAGUGUGGUCUUACUGUUGAGAUGUUCGAGUCGCUUCAGAGUGAUGAGAGUUCUCUUGGAAGUGGUGACAGCGCAACUCCUGCUCUUGGGGCCGGCAAGAAACAGCUUAACUUGAAGUGGUCGAAGAAGGCCAAGUUGGAGUUGUACCGCUACAAGAUGUUGUUUUCUUCUGCCAAGAUGACUCGGUUGACCAUUCUGGUGUGGUUGACGUACAUCAUGGACUACUGGGGUUUCACUGUUGCUGGCUUUUACCUUCCAAGCAUUCUCGCUCUCAAGAACGGUGCUGCGUCUGUCAGUCUCAAGUCAACAUACGCCGCCUACAUCUACACCUACGCUCCAGGUAUUGUAGGAGUUCUUCUUGGCGCGACCUUAUAUCGUGUCCCUGCUGUCGGUCGCAAAUGGACAAUGGUUUUAUCAUCUGCUCUAAUGGGUAUCUCCAUCAUCCUAUUCUCAACAGUGGAUACACGAGCCAAGAAUGAAGGACUCUUCACUAUGGAAUAUUUCUUCCAAUCCAUGUUUAACGCCGUACUAUAUGGAUGGACACCUGAAGCUUUCCCUGCUCCUAUCCGCGGCACCGCCUGCGGUCUUGCAGGAUUCUGGGGACGAUUGUUUGGUAUCGUCAGUCCGUUGAUCGCGCAGCAUUUGUACGGUCGAACUGGUGAAAAUGGACAAGGUGACAUCAAUAGCGUGCUUUACUUGGCUGGCGGUGUCAUGUUGGGUUGUGUUAUAACUACGGCUUUGUUGCCGAGUGAUAUGAUGGAGACUAGAGAUGAGAGGUCUUGA